AUGAACUGUAGUGUCUUAUUCCAUUGUGCGUUGUACACCCUGAGCCUUGCAGUUCUUGUUUCUGGGAAUGUUCAUCCAGAAUGUGAUUUUAUAACUGAACUGAAGAAAAAGGAAGUCGAAUGUUUAAAGGACUCAGAAAAGCAUGGAAAUGCAACACCAGGUUGUAAGAGAAGCUGGGACAAGCUACUGUGCUGGCCAGAGGCAGAUGCUGGAGAAACUCUUGUUUUACCCUGCCCAAAUAUCCUCUUUCACUUCAUGAAGGAGCCAGUGGGGCUAGUGAGAAGGAAUUGCACAAAGAAAGGCUGGUCUGACCCAUUUCCUUCCUACCAUAUUGCUUGUCCAGUUGAAGAUGAGAUCCCGUUCGAAGAACAAUCCUACUUUUCUGCUAUAAAGAUCAUCUAUACUGUAGGAUACAGUAUAUCUAUCACCUCACUUACUAUUGCUGUGACAGUUCUUAUUGCAUUCAGGAGACUUCGCUGUCCCAGAAAUUAUAUCCACAUACAGCUCUUUUUCACUUUUAUCUUAAAAGCUAUUGCCAUUUUCAUUAAAGAUGCUGUUCUUUUCCAAGAGGAGGAUAUUGACCAUUGUAGACUCUCUACGACUGAAUGCAAGAUCUCAGUUGUUUUCUGCCACUACUUUGUGAUGACCAAUUUCAUGUGGCUGCUAGUAGAGGCACUUUAUCUAAACUGUCUCCUGCUAUCAUCCCUUUCUCAUGGAAGAAGAUAUUUUUGGUGGCUUGUUCUGUUUGGCUGGGGUUUCCCAACACUAUUCACCCUCAUAUGGAUAUUAGCAAAAUUCUACUUUGAAGACACAGCAUGCUGGGAUAUUAACCAGGGAUCUCCUUAUUGGUGGCUAAUCAAAGGACCUAUUAUAAUUUCUGUUGGGGUCAAUUUCAUGCUGUUUAUCAACAUCAUCAGAAUUUUGCUGAAAAAACUAGAUCCCAGACAAAUCAACUUCAAUAACUCAUCUCAGUACAGACGUCUCUCAAGAUCAACUUUGCUUUUAAUUCCGUUGUUUGGAACCCAUUAUAUUGUCUUCAACUUUCUUCCGGAAUACACCAGCUUUGGAGUCCGGCUUUAUUUAGAGUUGUGUAUUGGAUCCUUUCAGGGGUUUAUUGUAGCAGUUCUCUACUGUUUCCUGAACCAAGAGGUGCAAACGGAAAUUGGUCGGAGAUGGCACGGUGAGAGAUACGGACUUAUGCCUAUGUGGAGGAGGACAAGAUGGACUAUGCCUUCUAGUUCUGGAAUAAAAAUGACCACAUCUGUCUGCUAAAUACAGCUUCAAGAUCUGGAAUAGUGACAUAAGAGCCUGAAUGUGAUUAGGGAAAAACUCUUACUGAUUACAGCUUAAUAUUGUCUGUGCAACUUGGAGGAGUAUCUAAUUCUGCAAAAGUUCU